CACGGAUGUUGAUUUUUUUUUCCUCUAGCGUGACAGUCUAGUAAGGUCCUACCGAAUUUGUUUUUAUUUUUGGUUGCGAUUAUUUGUAAUAUGUUACCGAAUAUAAAAGGCAUGUGCCCCUUUGUGGAAGACAGUUUUAGUCGUUUUCCUUCGCAGAGUAACAUAUACGGACUCUGCCAGGCAGGCGAGCAGGAGUUACUGGCAGCGACUCUGAAGGGGAAAGUAGUGUGCUUCAGAUAUCAGGACCUGCAGAAGAAGAUCAGACCUGUGGCCAGAGAGAUUCAGUUCACAUAUAUACCAGUUGAUGCAGAAAUCGUAUCUAUUGACGCCUUCAACAAAUCAGCUCCUAAAAGAGGACUGGUCGUAGGAAUAACAUUCAUUAAGGACUCAGGAGAUAAAGCAACUCCUUUCCUUAACAUAUACUGUGAUUAUGAACCAGGGUCAGAAUAUAACCUAGAGUCUAUUGCACAAAGCUGUCUGAACCUGGAGCUCCAGUUUACCCCCUUCCAGCUUUAUCACACUGAGAUAAAUUGUGGAGAUGGAUCCAGUGAGACCGUGUUUCUUCUCAGUGGGCAUGAUCAGCGCAUACAUCUUUACAAAGAGAAUGCGUCUCUGCACCAGUUUGAGGAGCAACCAGUAGAAAGACUCUUUCCUGAACUUCAGGAGCUGCCAAGCAAUGUGUUAUGGUUAAAUGUUUUAAGCAUUGAUGAAAAUCGGCGCCUCACAGCGUUUGGAUGUCAGAACGGCUCUGUGGGGCUUUCACUUGUCAACCAAAAGGGACCAGAGAUUCUCCAAAACUGGCGUAUGCAGCACGACAGUCCCAUCUCUACUGUGUCGCUGUUCCCAUUGAAACAGCAGCACCAGAGCACUGACACUAACAGCAGUCAAAGGGAAACAUUUAAUCUGUUGGUGACCAGUGCCAUAGAAAUGGCUGUUGUUUACAGGGAUGUGGAGCAGUAUGGACUGAGCAGACAGCUGUGUUUGGCAGAAAGCGACCAGUGCGAUGCAGUUCUCUGUGCUCUUGUUGUUGAUCUGGACUUUGAUGGACAGCAUGAGUUGUUGCUGGGAACGUACGGACAGGAUCUGCUGUGCUACAAAUUUCACCAACCAACAGGAGCUUUUGAAGAUAAGUUACAGCUGCUGUGGAGACGGAGUUUUAAAAGUCCCCUGCUGUCACUGAUUUAUCUAGACCUGGAUGGUGAUGGACUAAGAGAGCUAGCUGUUCUUACCUUAAAAGGCCUGCACAUCCUACAGCACAGUCUGAAAACAACAGCAGAUCUUGUUCUUCACAGACUGUCCACUUUAGUAUCAAGAUUGCCUAAUUCUUCAAAAGACCAGUCAAUUAAAAAUCAAGAUGGUGAGGAGGAGAGUAUUUCAGUCAGCAAUGAACAGAAAACUGCAGAAACCUGACACUGACUUUUAAAAGAGCAGAUAUUUGUUUUUAUUUCAAAGGAAGAUAAAGUGUAUGAAGUUAAAUAUGUAAUUUGCACCAGUAAAAUGACUAUAAAGUGGA